UUUUUUAACUGAGUACUGUUUUGGCGACCCAUGCCCCUCUGCUCCGCCGCCGCCCCAUGCACCAUGCCAACAAAAUUAAGCAAAGGGUAUUUUUGUCAAUUCGACUACGACCAAUCAUAUUCCUGCACCUCCUCUAUCUCCACGUACAAACAAAACCUUAAACCCCAUAUAAACCCUCACUCAUCAUCUUCUGCAACCACACAGCACCUCCCCUCUUUUUCUUUCUCUCUGCAAAUUUACGCUCAGAAAUGGCGGACUCAUCCAUUUACAACUUUCUCAACCAGAAACGACCCUUGCCUUCAAGACCUUCUAGAAAGAACCCUACAAACCCUCCACCAUCUUCCUCUUCUCGCCUCUUCCAGUGUCUUUACUGUCCCCGCAAGUUCUACACAUCUCAAGCUCUCGGCGGUCAUCAGAAUGCCCACAAGCGCGAGCGAGCCGCUGCUCACAGGAACAUAUCUGUGGAACCCAUGGGUCAUCGCUUCCCAUCAGAGCCAUACGUGGACCCUGGUGCAGCAUUUCUGGACCAGUACUGGCUGGACCCCAUCCAGACCCACCAGUUUGCACCUCCUGCUCAGUCUGUUUCCCCACCUCAUAAUGGGUUCUAUGGUGGCUCCACCACUUCUCCUGACAAUGAUCCUCUCUCCCCAGUAGCUGAUCUUAACAAUGACCCAGUAAACCUUGAUCUUACUCUGCGUUUAUAAUUUCUCUAGGUAGUUUCUGUGGAGAUUGAAGUUUGGAAGUGAAAAUGCGGAGAUGUUUUUCCAGAUACUUAGAUAUUAUAUGGGUUUAAGUAGUUUAUUAAAAGGAGUUAUUGAGAUUUGGAACAAUAGUUUUACUGAGACAGAUGACUGUGAAACUGAUGAGAUAUGGUUGAUGAGUUGCUGUGUGGCUGAUCCUCUCUUUCUUUAUUUUCUUUAUCUCCCAUGUUUGUUAGUACGUACUAAUGUGAUACUGUUUGUUUAUAUCAUCCCGAAAAUGCCCUUAUGUUUGUUCUGAGUUCUGGUCACCGGCCUGGAAUUUAUUGUUCUGUUGCGACAAGUUUUCAGUUCUGGAAGAGAGAGAAGCCAUUAGUAGUUUUGCUUCUCACUGACAAUACAGGUUGCUUUCAUUCCUCUCUCAAUUAAGUAGUACU